AUGGCUUCGCGACCGCGCCGCUCGGCGGCCAAGAAGGCGCAAGAACAGAUUACUGACUGGGCCGAUAGCGAGCGAACCAGCAGCAUGUCUACCCGUGCUCGCCGCUCAGAUGGCCGGACCUCGGGCGUAUCCCGCGGCCCGCCUUCGUCACCAGGAAGUGAGCAUCUGAACCUCACUGUCAAAGUGCCCGCGAACAAGCUUCGCGAGGCCACCAGCAGGGGGCGGAACUCGACGGGAAAUAGCAUUUCGGUCAACAGCGAGGUCGUUGCCGGCAGACGCAACCGUGGCCCGAAGAAGAGCUACGUUGUAGAAUCCGAUAGCGAUGAGGAUGAGGAAGACGAAGACGAGGAAAUGGAGGAGCCUGAUGCUGAUGGCGAUGACGACGACAUGGAAGUCGACGCCGAGGGCGAGGAGGAAGAUGCCGAUGGCGACAUCGACAUGGACACCCCUGCGGCCCCCACCAUCAAGAUCUCCUUGCCCAAGGCUGGAAAGGUCACGCCUCGACGACCAGCAGCGGCGAGAGUGAUUGAGGACGAUGACGAUGACGAGGAGGAGCUUAGCGAGAUUGAAGUUAGUGACCCUGAGAACACGAUGAACAUGAGCAUCGACGUUGGGGGUGCCGGCGACGAUGAUGAUGAGGACGACGAGGACGAGGAAGACGAAGAAGAGGAUGCUGAAGGUGAAGAGGAAGAUGCCGAAGGCGAAGAAGAAGACGCCGAGGGCGAGGAGGAAGAGGAGAUUGAAGUCGCGGACGAGACUGUGGGAGCGGAUGCCGAAGGCGAGCUCGACAGCGACCUGGGCAGUCGUGAGGGUACGCCCGAUUUGACCAAGAUGACGAGGAGACAGCGGGCUCGCUUCGAGGACGAGCCUCAGCAGUACAUGAAACUCUCAGACGAGGUCCAAGCAAAGAAGGUCUUCACUGCUGAGGAGUUAUCGAUGAGAAGGGCAGAAAUGGCACGUCGACGGCGCAACCUGUCUGAUAAGCGUAACGAAGAAGUCAAGGCAAGUAUCUCCCUAUCUGCGGAUAACUGGUCAUUUACAGGACGUAUGCUAAGUGCCAGACAACAGAUGGAAACCAUCAACAAGCUUUUGAAGAAGCAGGCGCCCAAGACCAAAGGCAAGGGAGCCAAUGGUGAGGACACACCCGGCGGCGACUCAUCGAAGCCCGAUGUCGCCUUUGUCCGCUGGGUUAACUCCAAGAAGGGCAGCAUCGUUGCUGUGCCCGAGGAGAUCAUCGGAGGACCGACUGGCAAGGUGUUUGGACCUCCAGGUCUGAAAUCCGGCAAGAUGGUUGAGGAAGUCGCAUAG